UAAUUCAUUUUAAGUUUCAAUUUUUGUCCAUUUUAAUCCUUUAAUUUCGGUUUCGAUUUAAAAGCUGUUUUUAUUCCGUUUGUCUAUCUAUCUGUCUCUUUUGUUUCUUUCAACCGUUAUUUUACCCCUUUUCCUUUCUCUUUUUUUUUUUUCCUCAUUUUGUAAACAAAUUUGAGGGUUUCAUUUAUCUUUUGACUCUCUGAUUUCUUUCGUGAAGUUGCAUCUACCCAUUUUAGAACCGAGGCUUAAUUUUUCUGGGUUGUCGUUUAAUUUUUGAUUUGUUUGCUUUUUUAUCUUUAAUUUCUCUGUUUUUGUUUAAUGGUAGACGAAAUAUCAUCGGCAAGGCUUGGUGUAUGCAGGCAAAUGCACCUUCUCCUGGCUACUUUGUUCGACUAGGAAAUACUGACGAUUUGUAUUUGAAGAAAAGAGAUAGGAUGCGACGGUGGCUUUGCUGUUCCUGUCAGGUAGAGGAGAUUCACCAAUCACAAGAAGAUGAGCACUUGAAGAUCCCCAAACAUCAAACAGAUGGGCAUCCAAAAAAUUCAAAGGUGGCAGCUCCUGUCAAAACUGAAGUGCAAAAAUCAGCACCACCUAUAGAAGUGCCUGCAUUAUCAUUGGAAGAAUUGAAAGAAAAGACUGACAGUUUUGGAUCAAAGUCUUUGAUUGGUGAGGGUUCCUAUGGAAGAGUUUAUUAUGCAAAUUUGAACAAUGGAAAAGCUGUGGCUGUGAAAAAGCUUGACAUUUCCUCUGAGCCUGAGUCAAAUGUGGAGUUUUUGACCCAGGUUUCCAUGGUUUCAAGAUUGAAACAUGACAAUCUUGUUGAGUUGCAAGGUUACUGUGUUGAAGGAAAUCUCCGCGUGCUUGCAUAUGAGUUUGCAACAAUGGGAUCACUACAUGACAUAUUGCAUGGAAGGAAGGGAGUUCAAGGGGCACAACCAGGUCCAGUGCUUGACUGGAUGCAGCGGGUAAGAAUAGCAGUUGAUGCGGCAAGGGGCUUGGAAUACUUGCAUGAGAAGGUUCAACCCUCUGUUAUACACAGAGAUGUCAGAUCUAGCAAUGUCCUCCUCUUUGGAGAGUUUAAAGCAAAGAUUGCAGAUUUUAACCUCUCAAACCAGUCUCCUGACAUGGCUGCUCGUCUUCAUUCUACUCGAGUUUUGGGGACCUUUGGCUAUCAUGCCCCAGAGUAUGCAAUGACUGGACAGUUGACACAGAAGAGUGAUGUGUACAGUUAUGGGGUUGUCCUUCUAGAGCUUCUGACCGGAAGGAAACCUGUUGAUCACACAAUGCCUCGUGGACAGCAGAGUCUUGUUACCUGGGCUACUCCAAGAUUGAGCGAAGACAAAGUUAAACAAUGUGUAGAUCCAAAAUUGAAGGGAGAGUAUCCUCCUAAAGGAGUUGCUAAGCUGGCAGCAGUGGCAGCAUUGUGUGUGCAGUAUGAAGCUGAGUUCCGUCCAAACAUGAGCAUCGUUGUUAAAGCUCUCCAACCACUGUUGAAGGCUCCAGCUUCAGCACCAGCACCAGCGUAAGAGACAUAAAAGCAGAUGAAUCCAGUUUCUUCACCUUUUAUCGAAAUUUCUGCGACCUCUGCACAGUUUGGUUUCAUUCGACUGUGGAUACCAUCAUAUCACUAAAUACUGAUACAUAUUUUCUUUCCAAUUUUUCAUAUAUGACAUUGAUGUGUAGGAUUGGGUUGGACUGUUUAUGAUCUGCCUGUUACUGGUUUUUCGGGUGCUGAUGUCUAUUUAAGUUGUAGUCAUAAAAUUGACCAAGGGAUUGGGUCGUGUGGUGGAUAUAAAUGUUACUGAGUAUUGUUUGCUUCAUAUUUUUAUUUUCUUUUUGUGCUGCGUAAAUGAGUUUAUUUGUAUGAAUAUUUUUUCCCAGCACAAUUGAAUUAAACGAAGUGUCGUCUAUGAUUUAUUGAUGGUUAAGUUAUGCUUCACAUCUGUCUUUUUGCAAAACGUUUGAUUUCCGAGUUCUUGUCACUUGGCAAUGAUGUCUUCUGACUUUUUAACCCAAAAAAAAAAAAAAAGGUUCUUGGAGCUGAAAAUAGAACUGCUAUACAUAGGUCUCUUCCAAGCCCCAUCCAAUAGAAUCACUACUUACACUGAACAAGAAGGAGAAACUCUCUUUGAACUUCAACUUCCAUUUUCACUCUCUGUAAUCAAUAUCCACCAACAGGGUUCAAUCCCUCAAGAUCACCAAGAAGAAACAACUAGGGAUGAUAGCACUCCCAAUAAGAAAGCCAAGUGCUUUUCUCUUCUUUCUGAGGGGAAACCAAGAGCUGGAUCUUCGCUCUUUCACUAAGAAUGCUGCUCUUUCUGGGUCUUUUGAGAAAGAAAAGAUAGAUAAUGUGGAAAACAAAGUGGGUUCCUUUGGAGUUCAAGAAGUUGAUAGCCAAGUCAAUGACAUUGAAGUUGAUGUGGGUUUUGUCCCUGAAGCUGAUAUGAAGGCACAUUUGGGGGCUUACUUGGAUUUUCAGGAGAAAUGGGUUAUCAAAGGAAAAGGCUUGGAUUCUGAAAAUGUACUGGAAGCUGAAAAGAAAAGACUUGGCUGAGCUUGAAGUCGGAAAAAUUUUUGGCGCCAAAACGUGUAGUGGGAACAUGUCUGGUUUUGUCUGGUUUUGCUACAAACUCGUCCAACAUUGAUGAUAACAACAUUGUUCGUAUCGAAGGACUUGAUUUGCCAGUUAAUGGGUCUUUAAAGAUUUAAGUUAUCGAUGAUACGGCGUUGAUUGGCUCAUUUCCACUCUUCAAAACUGGAAAUGGCAGUGUAGAGGAUGAGAAGAAGAAGGGGAAACAGGAAAUUGAUGGUAAGAAAGAUAAAACUUCACGAAGAAAUGGAUAGAAUGCAAAAAAGGUUUUAGGGGAAGCUGUGAGACAA